AUGCCAUUCAUAGUCGAUAUCCAUACCCAUGUCUAUCCUCAGUCCUACCUGGACAUGCUCCGGGCCCGGAAAACCGUCCCCUACAUGCACGAUCCCUCGACGCCCGACGCUCCCCCGCGCCUUAUUAUUCUUUCCUCUGACGAUGACCCGUCGAUACCCCUCGACAAGCGCGGUCGGCCGGUUGAUUCCUCGUACUCUGAUGUCAAUGUGAAGUUGGAAUUUAUGCGCCGGCAUGGGAUUAAUGUUAGCGUUAUAUCUCUUGCGAACCCAUGGUUAGAUUUCGUCGAACCCGAUCAGGCUCGGACUUGGGCUGAGCGGAUUAAUGAUGAUCUCGAUGCGACAUGUGCGAACGUCAAUAAGGAAAGUAACGAAAGACUCUUCGCUUUCGGAGCGCUUCCAUUGAGUGCUCCCAGCGCGGACAUUGUUGUCGGGGAGGUUGAAAGAUUAAAGAUGCUGCCGCAUCUGCGGGGAGUAAUCAUGGGAACAUCAGGACUGGGAAACGGCCUCGACGAUGAAAAGUUAGAACCCAUUUGGGACGCAUUGCAGAACACAGAUACUAUGUUGUUUUUGCACCCCCACUACGGCCUCCCGGAUGAAGCCUUCGGAGGCCCGGACACCAUUAACCGGUACGGCCACGUCCUCCCCCUGGCGUUAGGGUUUCCACUCGAAACCACCAUCGCCGUUACCCGGAUGCUGCUGGCGGGUGUAUUCGAUCGCUUUCCUCGAUUGAAGAUCCUACUUGCUCAUUCGGGAGGAACGCUUCCUUUCCUCGCUGGUCGGAUCGAGAGCUGUAUUCGCCAUGAACGGAGAUUCGUCGCGAAUGGUGGCGAUUUGCCCGGACCGCAUAGGAGUGUGUGGGACAUUCUUAAUACGAAUAUUUAUCUUGAUGCUGUGGUGUAUGGCACGGCUGGGUUAAAAGCGGCUGUCGCGGCGGGUGGGGAGGAUCGUUUGUUGUUCGGUACCGAUCACCCGUUCUUCCCACCACUUGAUUGCAAGGAGAAGGAGGUGUGGCCGAGUGUGGCGACGAACUAUGAAGCAAUUCAGGACGCGUUUGAUACGGACGAAAAAGAUGUUGCCGCUGUCUUGGGAGGAAACGCAGCUCGUAUUUUGAAUAUAACUAAUUAG